AUGAUGUCGGGUACCCGCCGCCUGCGAUUGGAGCACGUCCGGGUCGCCAGGUCAGAAUUCGGGUUACCCGAUGAUUUCGAAUACUCUGUAGUUCGUAAGCACCCUGAGUAUUUCCGAUUGGUUGAUGCCACAGAGACUAGGAACAAGUACAUUGAGAUUGUGGAGAGGGAUCCCAAGUUAGCUGUUUGUGCGAUAGAGAGGGUUAGGGAGAGGGAAUACAGAACCAGAGGGUUCAAGAUAGGCAAGUAUUACAGAAUUGCGGUGUGGAAGUGGCAGAGGGUUCCUUAUUGGUCCCCUUAUGAGGAUAUCUCGGGUUAUGAUCUGAGGUCGAUCGAGGCUCAGAAGAGGAUGGAGAAGAGGGCGGUGGCCACGAUACACGAAUUGGUGUCGUUGACCGUGGAAAAGAAGAUUACUUUGGAGAGGAUCGCGCAUUUCAGGAUGGCGAUGAAUCUGCCCAAGAGGUUGAAGGAGUUCCUGCUUCAGCACCAGGGGAUAUUCUAUAUUUCGACUAGGGGGAAUCAGGGGAAGCUUCAUACUGUGUUUCUUAGGGAGGCUUAUAAAAGAGGGGAGUUGCUGGAACCGAAUGACUUGUAUUUGGCAAGGAGGAAGUUGGGAGACCUGGUGUUGAUGAGCCCUAGGAAGGCUAGAGUUGAUAGGGAGUUAGUCAGUUAUAGGAGGGAUGAAGACGAGCAUGAUAUGGAACGAGUUGGAAGAGUCUAUGCGGAAAAUGAGUUCAGAGGUGAGAGUUCUAAUGUGUUUGAUGGGAAGAAUGAAGGGGGUGAUUUGGUCUCCGAUUUGAGUAGUGACGAGGACGGGGUUUAUACAGAUGGUGAAGGAGAUGAUCCAGAGGAUGCUUGUGCAACUGAGUAAAGGUAUUUCAACUUGCUGGAGCUAAUGUGACGCUUCAGAAGCAGAUACCGUUGUGAUUCAAGGAGAUGUUGAGAGCUGCACAAAAGAGAAAUUACAACUGAAGAUCUCAUGAGAAGGAUGUGCAUUGGUUAAUGAACUCAACAAGACAAUCAGAUGGGUGGUGCUUCGCACAUUUUGUCCUUCGUGGUUCUCAGGUAUCAAGUUCUGAUGGCUAGCAUUGCUAUGAAGUGUUAGCUCUGGAAAUAGCAUAUUCAAGUGUCGAAUACUCAUAGAUGGGUAGCAUCAAGUUCCUGCUUGCUUCUGGCAGGUGGUGGUCGAGGUACGAGUGUCGACAAUCACAGAUGACUGUUUUCCAGAGUUUAGCAUUAAUGGGGUCCACGAGCUCUUCUUUGUUCGAGUAAAACUGCACAGAGAAGCCUGCUGAGUGCUGAUAGUGCUGCUGCUGAUAUGAGCUGGUUGUUGCUCGCCGAAAGUGUGGUACUUUUGCUUUAUAAACCGACAAUGGUGUUCACUGUCAUCCUAACGGAUUGUGCAGAGCAGAAUGCAUGCAGACCCACAUUGAAGGUGAAAGAAGAGAGAGCAUAUGUCCUUCUGUCGGCGAGCAUGACAUUGAUUUGUUCCCUAAAGGAGACCCACCUUCUAUUGUGAUGUAAAAGGUUUGUCAUUCAUAUAUGGGAGCUGAUGGUUUCUGUUUCGUCAACACACAUGGCAGACAAGUUAUGAUGACUGGGAUUUUCAUUUCCAGGUCGAGUCCAAUUAGGUAGGUGGAUUUUUGACUUGAGCCCUCGCUUUGAUGCCACGGAUGU